UAACUCCUAACAACAACGGUGCAGUCUUUGAAGGACUCGCUGGUCUAGUGGUGGCUUAAUUGUUUGACUGUUUGUGUGCCAUUUACACCUCGUUCCUCAGUGGCUGCUAGGGACUUGCGAGAUGGACAGCCCCACGAAAAACAAGACCAGUGAGGCUACAGGAAUAUCAAGAUCAGGAAGGGUGCGCAAGAAGUCCUCCAAGCUGACAGACUUUGAGUCGCCUGAUGAGAUCGACACAAGGUUUAAACGCAGAACAGACAGACCCCAGAAAGUGGCGACUCCCAAGACAAUGAGUGAAGAUUCGGAUUCGUACAUGGAUGAAGAAAUAAUUGAUGUGAAAGAUGAGCCUCUUGAAGUUGAGGAAUGGGGAGUAGAAGGUGAGGAGAUGGAGGAAGGCGAAGAGGAAGAAGAGGAGGAAGAGAGUGUUGGGGGUGAAGAUGGGGGAGAAGGGAAUCUGCAAGAGUUUUCAGACUCUCUCCAAGUGGACGAAGACUCGACAGACGUGUCAAGAGAGACGUCCAGUUACACUCAGGCACAAUCCCUUUACUUCUCUGAGAAGCAAGGAAAGAAGAGCAUUGUGAUGAAGGGAGGACAAGUGGUGCGGAGAAAGAAGGCCCAGCGCAAGGAUAAAGGGAAGUCUCGUUUUACUGCAUACAUGUUGUGGGCAAGAGAAGUCCGUCCUGGAAUUAUUCAAGCAAACCCGAAUAUGGAUUUUUCUGCUGUUAACAAGAGACUGGGGGAGCUCUGGGCAUUGGUCCCGACCACACAGAAAUAUAAUUGGAAGCGGCGGGCCAAACGUUUAGCAGCCAAGGGUAAUCAGAAGGGCGGCCUCAUCUCCACUGGCCGUCCAUCCCGCCCCCCACCCCCAGCUCGGGCCAACCUCAUCAACAAAGGGGGAGUAAAGCCAGCCCCUAGGCCAGACCCCAACCCAACCCCCCCUCCACCCAGCUUGACCUCACAAGGGGCAGGACACCAUCGACAACCGGGACAGAAAAACACCCAGUCUAGGAGGAAAAGGCCUCAAUCCCAAGAGUCGCCUGCUGCCAUUGCUCCAAAAAGGCUAGGUGUAUAUCCCUCACUUCACUUAUCUCAAACAUCUCCCUCCACUGGUGCAGCAAUCUUCAAAAAGAAAUAUCUAGACCAAAUGUCACCCAAAGAAUCACACACCAUUGUGCACAAGAUGGGGCUGGGUGAGUACCUUUCCAAGUGCCCUGCACCAUCUGGCUCACCCCUACAGAGAAAGAAACACUUUAAAGGCAACAAGGAAUUUGACUCCAGCAACCAGAAACAAGGGAGGUGGAAGACAGUGACCAGAGGAAAGGAGGCAGAAGGAACUGGAGGUGAAAUGGAAGGAAGGAGGGAAGCAAAGAAUAUGAGGGAAGAGUUAAGAGAAAGACCUGAACUAAAAGGUAUAUUGGGAAGAGAUUGUACCGCAAAUAAUGCUUUGACAAAAACAAAAGUGAUGACAGAUGACAGCAUGAUCAACAGCAGUAUCUGCCACCAGCCAACCAGUGUUGUUGACCAGUCACCUGAGCCUUUUGUUGAAGUAAGAGGUAAACCAUACACCAUGGACAGCAUUUUUCGUGAUAUUUUUGCAGACGGAUCACAAUAUUGCCCUUGGUCCCUUGUACGGGCAGUGGCAGGUGUGACACAGAAGAAACUGACACUAGAGAAAGCAUCCACUCUGUACUGUGUGUCUCCGUCACGACUGCAGAUGUGCUUGUCAUAUAUCAGCAUACUUAGGGAUGGGAAGUGUAAGAAAUAUGACCAGCUGGUGAAGGAAAUGCGUCGGUACCCAACCCGUGAAGCUGUGAGAGAGUGGUUGUUGAGGAUGAGGCGCAUGGGACGCCUACCUGUGAAUGCCGAUGUUAAGCAAGUUCUUCGCUUCAUGGGCAAGUUUGGAAAGAUAAAGGGGUGCACAGGUAAUUUCAUCAAGCUGUACGGUGAAGAAGGGGUAUCUCAGGAGGAGUGGGCUGUCCUUUCUCCUUCAGCCACCACCCAGUGGCACAGUCACUUCCAGGAUCACAUCUUUGUUCGUUGUGGCAUGAACCCACGUGAGUUCCUUACCUCCAAGAACAGACCUCGAGUGUUCACCAGUGCUGAAGUCGUAGUGGGACUUGGUGACUUACCUCUUGAGGUCAUAGUUGCACGUGGGAGAUCCAACCUCUACUGUCUGACUCAUAAGGACCAAGGAGUAGCUCGGGCCAUACUGACCUUUUCUGCUGCAGGCCAGUUUCACUCGCCAGCCAUCAUUCAGAAGGGAUAUUACAGCCCACAGUGGGCACUCUCUGAGGACAGUGUUGACCUCAUUGCCUCCCCUGAUGGUAGAUGGGAUCCCUUGCUCUUCCUAUCAUGGUUACGUCUUUUUGAGGAAAGACUGACACAGAAUGGGGUGUCUCGGCCAGUGAUUCUUUUUGUCCAUGGUCAUCCUGCACAUGCAUCACCAGCUGCUGAUGCUUUCUGCUCUGCUAAAAGGAUCAUCCUUCACUCCCAUCACCACAGUCCUAUCAAUCCCAUGGAUCCAUUCAUCCACCUCCUCCCACCUCUCCUUCACCAUUUGGCCCAUACUCAGGAACAGCUAACUGUUCUCACUGGCAUCCAUCCACUGCCAGAUCACCUUCUUCCAUCUAUCCUGGCUGAUGCCUGGACUCAGGUGUCCAAAGAAAACCUGGCAGGGGAGGCUUUCCAAAAGUCUGGCCUUGUACCCUUUACUGGGCCUAAACACUUUCCUCCUGCAAAAUACUCCAAAAUGUCAUAUUUUCCCCCUUUGUUGUUGCAGCCACUCAAGGCCUACUUAGCAGCUGGUGAUGCUCUUGCAGACCUCCCUUAUCACCCUGAACCACAACUUUACACCAUUUAUCACCUCCUCUCUGCAAAACUCUGUCAAAAAGUCUCAAUAGUAGACAAAGUAAAUAUAAAUCAAGAGAAACAUGCAUAUACUGAACAGGUGGAUGAGGAAAACAUAAUUGAUGAAAAUUUUGAUGAGACAUGUGAGCCACACUGUGUAGCUCCAGAUCCCACCUGUGAUCCUUCCAUGAUGGAGUCGGGGAAGGUCGUGUUAAUGGAGAGUGAUAGUAUGUCAAAUUCUGGAUCACCAGCAGAUGACUCAACUCAAAGAGAACUAGAUGACUCAUUACUAAAUUUUGAAGUUCAGGAAGGAUUUAGUCUGUCUAAAUCAAUCCCAAGUUCACCUGACAAUCAUGAAAGGCCUGCAUCAUGCACAGGGUGGGAGGAUAAAGAAGUUUGUGAUAACUUGAGUGAAACAUGUGACCCUCUUUAUGUGGGUCCAGAUCCUUUGUCUGACCCAUCUGUAAUGGAGUCUGAAAGGGUCAUCCACAUACACAAUAAUCUAAUGGUAAGUAUGAGGUCACCCACUAACACCUUAGAGAAAUCACCAGAAGAAGAGCUGGGUUCAUCAGUUACCUGUGAAUUUCAGGCACCAGAGAGUUGGUCAGACUCACGGGUGAGCUCACAUCAGACAGAGCAUAUAGCCUAUGAUAAUGUCCAUACAGGUUUACUAGAAGACAAUGCACCCAGCUCCCAGCCACAUAGCAUGGGGGACUCAGAUCUAAUGUGUGAUUUUACCAACUUAGGUUUACUGAAAAAACAGAUUAAAAAUGAGGAAAUAACCCCAGCAAGAUUUGAUGAGAAUCUCCUUUGGAUCAAAGAAGAAGUGGAAGAGCCAACAGAGACACAGAAUUAAGAAUAAGAAGACAGCAGGAAUACUAAAUAAGGACUUCCUCUGCAUCAAGGAAGUGGAUAUCUCAUGAGGAUGUAGGAUUAAAAUUAAAGAAAAAAACUGAAAAACUAGAUGAGAACCUCCAUUAGAUCAAAGAAGUGGAAGAGGCUGCAGAAGCAUAGGAUGAGUUGAGUUCGAUCUUUCUCAAGAGAGGGAGCUGUCGUAGUUAAAACAGCAUUAUUAAAAUGGGUCUAGGUGCUUGACUCAACACUAGGCAACUUGUCCCCUAAUCCUUACUAUAACCCUUCAUCGAGUCAUUGUUGAUUAGCAAUUUUUUUUAUGAUUGAGAACGUUACCUACAUAAAAAUCAUCAUAUUAGUAAGAAAAGAUUAAAGUUACAUUAUCCUGAAAAGAGGAUGAAGGAGGGUUUGGGGAUCAGGGGUCAAGUUGCCUGGCAGUAAGUAUACUCAGCCUUUUUGGUCAAUAUUUUUUCAUGUAAGUUGUUAAUAUAUGUAUAUUAUUAUUCUUAUCCUCUUUGGUCUUGUUUACUGUAAGCAUGUGUGAAGCUUCCUUGAGAUGGAGAAAAGCUACAUGAUGUAGCAAACAAUAAAAACAGUACAUCUAUCCCUCAUAUACCACACCUAAUUGGGGCUUCAAAGCCUCCGUUAUAUAGAAAAUCUCGAUAGUCAAACAAUAGAAUAAGCGUGAUAUAUUCUAAUUAGAGACUUCACCAACUUACCAUAUCUUCCCCAUUCUUCCCCUCAUUCUCUCACUUUUAGAGGCAAUAGUAACAUACAACCAGCUAAACAUUUGAAUAAUAAAACAGCAUACAGUAAAAUCUUGAAUAUCCAGAAUCCCCCAAAUAUCUGGCAUAAAUCUGGCUGGUCAAAGAUUGAAAAAAAUCCAAGAAAAAUUGUUGAAAAAUUACGAAUAACUGACCGGCACAAGAUUUGAAAUACCCUUACCACACUUCAAUAAUUUCCAGAGUAGGUCUGCCCUGCCUUCAGUUGAGCCUUAAACCAUGCAGUGUAGUGCAAAGUUACCAUCAGUCUAGUUGCAGGCAUGGGAUUGAGAUGUAUGGCUUCAGUAAUGGAGCUCAGCUGAAAGGUUUUGCCAAGAUGGUGGCCCAGACCACAGUGACCUACUGACUCACCUACGAUAGACCUCCAACAGACACUGGACUACCAGACUGACAGCAGACCUAAGACAGAGCACCCUCAGUCAUCAUAGACUCCCACACCCUGCACUGGCGGUGGACUUACUCCCCCAGUCACCCCCUGGAUAUAGCCAUCAUCCGCCUGAGAAUUGGACACACGCCUCAGUGCACACCUGCACAGACUGAACAUGGUCCAGGACCCACACUGCCCAUGGUGUCCCACGCAGCCUGACAUACCAGAACACUUCCAGCUUCACUGCCCUCCACACCAACCUUAGAGCAUCCUUAAACAAGCUCUACAUUCACAGACUAACUCUAGAGGACCUGCUGGGCAGUGACACCCUCAGCUCCAACACUGCCUUCCAAGCCCUCAAGCAUACACAGACCUUCCUACAGAAGUCGAGGCAACUCCACAGGAUCUAAUCCCUACCCUGGUGACAGAACGACAAACUAACAACAUCUGCUAGCAUUUACCACUGAUGGGGUCUAGAGGCCAUGGUUCCACAGCCCAACUAGCCCCCUAAAACACUCAAGAAAAAGAAGAGAACAUGAGUGUGGCCAGUGUCACCUCUGCUGCAUCUUUUUACUUUCUACAAAUGUUUUCUACAGCUAUGAUUGCUGUUUCCUGUAAAGGGUUACUUGUAAGAGCAGCCGAGGGAAUAUUGUGAAGCUGUUUGUAGAAUACCAUUUCUGUUGUAUUCAGCUGAGCCUCAGUUUUGCUGGGCACACCAGCUCGCCUGCAGGAGUUGUGUUGCUAACAGGUUAAUUAACUAUGCAGGAUUGCCCUGUGUCCAUUUGCGACAGAGGUGACACUGGCCACACUCAUUAACUACGAUGUUUGUUUACAAACUGUCUCCUCCACUGAUCUCUAAUAUAACUGGAUUGGUUAUCUUCAUGCAAAUCUUGAAGCCCACAGCCGCCAUCUUUGAAUUCCCACGGGCCGAGGUAAUCAUAUAAAAAUUCUGGCAUCAACGCUUGCUGAGUGGCUGUAGGACAUGAUAAAGCACCUCUUAAUGAAUUUAUUGAAUUUUUCAAUUCCCUAACUACUAGCUUUUCAUUUGUUUAUGUAAAAAUAAACACUCGUUCCCUGUCCCGCUAAUGUCACACUAAACAACAGUUUUUGCAUUAUUUCACUGUUUCAUCCGCUGUAUAGCACAUAUGAUAUGUGUUUUGUUUCAGAGUUCUAUUUCAUCAGAUUGGGAAAGAACAAAUGCAAGAGUUUAUCAAAAAAGACCACGAAAAUAAUGUCUUUGUGUUACAUCUUUUGAUUACCCAUUAGAAAGAUUAUCAAUAUUUUAAAUCUAAGAUGUAAAAGAAAAAAUGAAGCAGUUUAAUGGGUAAGUAAAGCAUAUGUAGUUGAGAUUAAUUUGAGUGAAUCAGUCACAGUUUUGGCCACAUUGAAGCCUUUGUGUGAAUGACAAAUGCAGUCAACAGCAUUAUCAUUGAAUUGGAAAAGAAUCUGGAUCUGGAUCUGGACAGUAAUGCGCAGGGCAUCUAUCAGGUACAUAAUACAUAUAUUUGCAUUAUAAUUAACAUGAACAUGGGCAGGGUGAGGUCAGAGGAACUACUCAGGAGGUACAGGGAGCUCCUUGGUAGGUUGAGGGAGAGUGGCAGGAGGUUCAUCCUGUCCAGUGUGCUGCCUAAGGCCAAGUGUGGCGGGAAAUGGGCCUCACGGCUCAUGGGCCUGAACCUCAGGGUGAAAGCCUUGUGUGAGAGCAUGGAGGGUCAGUUUCAUAAGAACAUAAGAACAUAGGGAAACUGCAAGAGGCCGGGUGGCCUACACAGGGCAGUUCCAGAAUCCCUCCCACUACUCACGAUGGGUGAGGUGUAGUUUCAGGGAUUACAGGUAGAGGCUUGAUCCUCGUUCACCUUCGGUACAGGCGUACGCUCCAGUACCCUGUCUCCUUACUGCACCCACACCUCACUGCCAUCUGUCGUCCUCGUCCAUGUAGCUAUCCAGUCUACUCUUAAAACAAGCUAUCGUCCCUGCACUAACUAUGUGAUUGCUGAGUCUAUUCCAUUCCCCCACCACCCUAUUGCUAAACCAAUGCUUACCUAUAUCUCUCCUAAAUCUAUACUUUUCUAAUUUAAAUCCAUUACUGCGAGUUAUAUCCUGCUGGCUAAUUCUCGGUACUUUACUUAUAUCGCCUUUGUUGUAACCCUUGACCCAUAUGAAUACUUCUAUCAGAUCUCCCCGCACUCUUCAUCUUUCUAGUGAAUGUUAAUUUAGAUGUUUCAGCCUAUUUUGAUAUGGGAGGUUCCUCAGCCCCUGAAUCAUCUUGGUCAUCCUCCUCUGAACUGAUUCUAGCAAGUUGAUGUCCAUUCUGUAGUGUGGGCAUCAAAACUGGACAGCAUAAUCUAAGUGUGGUCUAACUAACGCUAGAUAGAGUCUGAGGAUGACCUCUACACUCCUGUUGGUUACCGUCCUGUUAAUAAAGCCUAAUACCCUGUUAGCCC